AAAGUUUGGGGCUGUAAUUUUCGGACGCACCAAUUUGUGUAAACUUGCAGUAGCUUUAACGACCUCGCGAGCGAGAUUCCAUAACAGAGCAGCAGCUAGCUAUCAUUAGGUUAAUAACGUUAGCCUUCGUGCUAAAUCAACAAGCAGGGAGCCAGACGGAUAUGUAGUUUUUGGAUUAACUGUAUAAAGCCGGGGAGCCUUUCUCGGGGCUGCCUGUCGGCUCGUCUCGGUGCUUAAUAGUUCCUCGGCAGCACACGACCACUCGACACAAAGCUCAAGUUGCUGCUUAUCCAUCUAGUUGAAGAGCUAGCUAAGCUAACAGCACCGCACAGCCUGCCUUCCGCCGACGUGCACUUCCCCCACUCUCCCUCCAGCCGGCUAGCCGCAGCGUUAGUCCGGUACAUAAAAUGAAGCGACCAUCAGCAUUUUGGGAAGCUGUGUGGCUGUUUGGAUUUUGCUGAUGUAUGAGGAGACGAUAUUGUUUUUGUGAGAUCUCUGUCAAGGAGGUCAAAAUCAGCACGGGGGAUGGACGAGCAGAAAUCAAACUGCGAAGAGAAUGACUCUGAACCAACAGCUGAUGACAAUGCCCCUUCAAAGCAGCUUGUCUCCUCUGAGGAGGAGUCCAAAGCCCUUCCUGCUGCCGAGGAUGUGUCCGGUGCUUCCAGCGCACCUGAAGAGAGUGUUCGGGCCUGUGUGCUCUGUAACUGUGUGGAGCGGAGCCUGCACGGACAGCGGGAACUGAGACACUUUGGUCCAUCUUCUGAACGGCUGACCCUCAAGCCAUCAGCUUCUCCACUGCCUCAGCCCGGGAAUGAUGACCUGUCUUCCAUUGGAUUUUCUGAUUCCCCCUGUCUGGCGGCACUCUUUGACGACUCAGGGGGUUGUUGGGUUCAUCACUGGUGUGCGGUGUGGUCGGAGGGAGUGAAGCGGAUGGAGAAUGAGGAGCUGGAGAACGUGGAUAAGGCCGUUAUCUCAGGGACGCAGCGGCUUUGCGAAUACUGCAAAAGGCUGGGUGCAACCAUUCGAUGCCAUGCUGAGGGCUGCUCACGGUUCUACCACUUCCCCUGCUCGGCAGCCAGUGGAUCCUUCCAGUCAAUGAAGCAGUUGAUCCUCCUCUGUCCAGAGCACAUAGAGAAGGCAGAGGAAUUGGCAGGUGAGGAGUCUUGGUGUGCAGUGUGUGACUCGGCGGGGGAGCUCACAGACUUGCUGUUUUGUACGGGUUGUGGCUUACAUUAUCAUGCUGCCUGUCUGGAGAUUGGUGCCACGCCCAUUCAGCGGGCAGGAUGGCAGUGCCCAGAGUGUAAAGUGUGCCAGACUUGCAGACAACCAGGAGAAGACUCCAAAAUGUUGGUAUGUGAUGCCUGUGAUAAGGGCUACCACACCUUCUGUCUCCAGCCAGCCAUGGAUUCUCUUCCCUCUGACCCAUGGAAAUGCAGACGGUGUCGUGUAUGUAUGGAGUGUGGUGUCCGUGGACUGGGGCUGCCAGGUUCGGCCCAGUGGUUUGACAACUACGCUGUGUGUGAGGCCUGCCAGCGUCAACGCAGCUCUACAUGUGGCGUUUGUAGCAAGGCUGCCAACCCAUCUGUCACUCUGCAGUGCUGCAGUAUCUGCCACAGGUGGGUGCACAGUGAAUGUGCUCUACCAGGGGAGCUUUCAGAUGCCAAGUGCAUUUGCUCGCUUUGCAAGGAGCAGCAGCCUGUCACUCAACCACACACAGCAGAAACACAAACCAGAGAGGCAUCUGAGGAGACUGGAGGACAUGUGGAUUUGGUGGAGAUGACAAUCCAAACAGAUGCAGACAUGGAGACAGAAGAGCACACAGACUUAUCAAAGGUGACACCUGGACAGAGAGGCACAUCAGCGAAGGGUCAGGCUGAAUCCAUGACUGACAAAGAGACACCCAUGGACUUGGGGGUGGAGUCUGCACCUGUUGAGACAACAGAUGUUGGCAAGAAGAUCACUGAGAAAGAGCCAAAGGUAGCAACAGAAGAACUAUCUUCUGAGGUGCCUACUGCUCCACUCCAGUCUACAGAAAGUGCAACAACAGAACAGGGGCCCUCUUGUCUACCUGCUGAUGGAGAAAGAGCAGAAGAGGCAGUCAGCCAAGUGACCCAAGCCACUCCUUCUCAGGACCCCAGCGCAAAGACAGAGUCUAACAACUCUAAAGUCGAACCAGCGAUGUCACAGCAGGGCCCUGAAAAUAUGGAGGUGGAGAAAGAAGAAGAAGAGGAGGAGGAGGAGGAGGAAGAUGAGGAGGAGGAGGAGGUGGAGGAGAAGAAGGAGGAGGAGACCACUCCAUCAGUGAAACAAGAAGCAUCAGCAGAGUUAUUAAACAAGGACUCUGAUUGUACACCAGUCACAGAACUUUUCAGUAAGGAUCCACCAAAGUUACCAGCUUCUCCUGCCCUUGUCAACAAAACAGAGCAGAAAAGAAGUCCAUGCCAGGAGCACCGGUCUCCCUCACCUCUUUCUUUAUCAGUAGACACACGGGGAACCCUCUCUGCUGCAGACAUUGAGGGGAGGUUACUACCUCACUCUGAGGAGGAGGAGGAGGAGGAAGACGAGGACGAUGAGCCAAUGAAAGGGGACGAGCACAUUGUCGUUAUAAAGCAGGAAAUGCAUGAGCAGGACAUUAAGCCAGAAUUGCUGCUGGACGAGAUGUCCAAUAUGAGCCAUGGAGAUGAGAGCAGCAGUGGCUUUAUGGGCUCUCCAGGAGAACCCGAUCCUCACAUCUCCAUGGAAUUUGGGCUCGUACCUGCUGGCCGCUCACACCCAGAUGCUCUGCUCAGUGAGACUGAUGACUCGCUUCCCUUCGAACCCCUCAGAAGUGACAGAGAGAAGGUGAAACGUAGAGGAUCCCCAGGCCGUUCACGGGUCAAACAGGGGCGAAGCAAUAGUUUUCCUGCAAAGCGCAGACCUCGAGGAGGCGGUGGAGGGAGAGGGCGUGGUGGGAGGUCACGCCUCAAAGCCAUGGCCUCCUGCAUUGAUGCCUUCUUGCUAAGCAUGACCUCAGACACUGGAAUAAAUAAGGAAGAAGAUGAUGAGGAAGAUGACACCAUGCAGAACACAGUGGUUCUUUUCUCAAACACUGAUAAAUUUGUCCUGCUCCAGGAUAUGUGUGUCGUGUGUGGCAGCUUUGGAAAGGGUGCGGAGGGGCAGUUGUUGGCUUGUGCUCAGUGUGCCCAGUGUUACCAUCCUUACUGUGUGAACAGCAAAAUCACCAAGACGAUGCUCCGUAAGGGCUGGCGCUGUUUGGAAUGUAUUGUGUGUGAGGUGUGCGGAAAAGCUUCGGAUCCCUCCCGUCUGCUGCUGUGUGAUGACUGUGAUGUCAGCUAUCACACCUACUGCUUGGACCCACCCCUGCACAAUGUUCCCAAGGGUGGUUGGAAGUGCAAAUGGUGUGUCUGCUGUGUGCAGUGUGGUUCCAACUCGCCGGGCUUCCACUGUGAGUGGCAGAACAACUACACUCACUGUGGCCCCUGUGCCAGCCUUGUCACUUGUCCAGUGUGCAGAGAGAACUUCAUGGAGGAGGAGCUGUUGCUGCAGUGUCAGUACUGCGAUCGAUGGGUCCAUGCUGUCUGUGAGAGUCUGUACACAGAGGAUGAGGUGGAACAAGCCUCAGAUGAAGGCUUUGCAUGCACAUCUUGCACCCCAUAUGUUCCAAAACCUGUGGUAGUAGAGUCAGCCAUUAUGGCUUCUAUAAAGAUCAAAGAGCCAGAGCCCCAGUUCUACCGGUUGGAGGGAGUGUGGCUGACUGAGUCAGGCAUGUCCCUGCUUCGUAGCAUGUCCAUGUCUCCCCUUCACAAAAGACGACAGCGUCGCUCCCGACUGGGCACCCUGUGUUGUGAAGGAGGUCCUGAUGGAAUGGAUCUGAGGGAGGUUGAAGGAGAUGGGGAGCCCAUGGAAUGUGAACCCAAGAUGGAGAACCCAGGAAGCCCUGACAGAGAAGGUGGUGCUGAGGGUACUGAAGGCAUGGCGGACUGCGAGGGUCUCAAAGCAGGAGCGGAGGAGACAGAGGACAGCAAAAAGAGAAAGCGGAAACCUUACAGGCCUGGAAUUGGAGGCUUCAUGGUGCGACAAAGGAAGUGUCACACACGGUUGAAGAAAGAAUUUUUCGCCCAGCUGGCUGGAGAGACUACAUUAGAUGGUCAGCCAAUAGAGAGAACCAUUGAUGAAGGACCCCAUCCUGACACCGAUAACAUAAUGGAUCCUAAACCAGUGGAGGGUGAGGAGCAGGCCAAGAAACGUCGGGGCCGGAAGAAGAGCAAACUUGAGGACAUGUUCCCAACAUAUCUCCAGGAGGCUUUCUUUGGAAAGACACUAAUAGACCUGAGUAAGAAAGCUGUGAUGAUACCACCAGGGCAGAGGCCAGGUGCAUGCCUUAUCCGGCCUUCAUUACCAGCGCAGACAGGGCUCAAACCUACUGCCCCAGAGGCUGAUGCCAAGGAUCGUCUGAUGAAAGAUAAUUUUCCUCUCAAGCAAGAAGGGGGUGAGGACCCCCAGGCUCAGGGAGAAGGUGCAGGAGUUUCUGCACCAUCCUCAUCGCUGAAGGACCAGGCGUCAGCUGAUCCUCAUGACUCUGAUGCAGAAAAAAGUGAAGGUCUUCCGCAAGGGGUGGAGAGUCAGGACUCUGAGCAGUUCUUCAGGAAGGUUUUGGGAGUGUCAGAUGGUUCCUCUUUAGGGGGCAUGAAGCCCAUCUUGGAGGGCAGUAAGGGAGAACUCAAUCGUAGCACUCUGCCACAGAGAGCUCUCCUUUCAGGGUCCCUGCCCUCGGCUGGAAUGAUGGACGCUUUUCCUGGCCUCUCUCAGUCACCGUUUUUUGAUAUGCGUGACCGAGGAGGGCUGUUCAGUCCGGAUGGGGGUGAGGAGAGCCCCUGGGCAACUCCCUCUACCCCAGCAACCCCCUCCUCUCCACCUACCCCGACGGAGACAGAGGGUGAUGGUCUUUCCUACAAUCAGCGCAGUCUCCAGCGCUGGGAGAAAGAUGAGGAGCUUGGAGAACUCUCAACCAUUUCCCCUGUUCUCUACGCCAAUACCAACUUUCCCACUCUAAAACAGGACUACCCAGACUGGGCUAGUCGCUGUAAGCAAAUCAUGAAGAUCUGGAGGAAGGUGUCAGCAGCAGACAAGGUUCCAUAUCUGCAAAAGGCCAAAGAUAACCGAGCAGCUCAGAGGAUCAACAAGGCACAGAAGCAGGCAGAGAGCCAGGUGUGCAGGCCUAUCAAGACAGAAGGAGGGCGUGUGAAGGGAGAACGGCCCAGUUUACACCUCCAGAUACCUCCACCUUCAGGCUCUGCGUCAGUCUCUUCCCAGCCCAGCUCUGCAGAAAGCCCAUUUCCCUUUCCUCCAGAUUCAGGGUCAUCCUCAGUCUUUUUCUCAGAUGGACCUGUUAAGACCCCUGGGUCAGCUGAAAUCCGGACAGACCCUUUGGCCAAGUUUCCUCCUCAAUCACCUCACUCUCACUCUCACUCCCACCCAACCACUCCCUUCUCCCAUGCUGGGGCCAGCCCAUUGCAGGCCUCUUCCUCAGGUUAUUCCGCUUCUGGCCCGCAGGGUCCUCCUCAGGGACGGCCAGCCAGUCUUGGCCCCUUUGACAUGCAACCAGGAACUCCUGGAACCCCCAGACGGGCUCAGCAGGUUGACCCUUACUUCAGAUCACAGCUGCAGCAGCAACAAGGUCAUCUACCACAAUCACAGCAAGGCUCUCAGGAGUCGUUGGGACAUCCAGAAAGCCCUCAUUCAAGAGGUGCUGGGCUUGGGGAGUCGCCCAUGUUCUCUCCAACCCACAAUACCCACUAUGGAGACCCUUUCAGAAACCAGCAAGGGAUGGGACGGUCAGAUUAUGGCUCAUCUCCAUCACCCUCUGCGGUGGCUUCCUCUCCUGCAAGCACAGGGCAGUACAGGGCUGAUAUGAGUGCACCUUCUCCACGCUCCUCCGCAGUUGGAAGACCUGACCUUUCCCUUGGCUCCCCUGCUGGGAUGCUGGACUCUGGAGAUGGUUUAUUCAAGGCACCUAUGACACCAAGGAUGCACCAAGGGGAGGCACUUCCUCCUGGAGCAUCCCCUAGCCACCACUCUGAUGGCUACAGGCAGUCUCCUUCCCACCCUUUCUCUGAUCCCCACCCUCAGCCACUUCUAACUCCCAGACCGCAGUCAGGCGAUAAUUGUUCUCUUGGACCCCAGAGACACAAUGUGGGUCAACAGGAAGUUUGUCCGAGAGUGCCCUCCAGCCCACAAUCCCAGGGUAGCUCUCAGUCUCCCCACACUCCUGGUGGCCUCUCCAAUGAUGCUUACUCUGUUCACUCGCCUGCUACUCCUCGUUUCCAAUCCCCAGACCCUUGUUCUCAGCCACCUUCAAGGCCACAAUCUAGAGACCCUUUUGCUACUAUCCACAAACCCUCUCGCCCCUCCUCUGUUGCCCCAGAGGGAACUGCAAGUUACAAAAGCUCACCUCAUCCUAAUCAGCCACUUCCACCCCAUCCUAACAACAGCUCUAUGGGAGAUCCUCUUUCUGGUAAUCUGUCAGCACCUCCUACUUUCAGCCGCAGCCCCAGCACAGGAGGCUUCCAGAUGACCCAACAGCAGAGCCAGAUGAUGCAGGGUCAGCUUCAGCCACAGUCACAAAGUCAGCCAUCUGUGGGAGCUGACAACUUUAACUCUAGGGUGCCACCUCCUUCUGGAUCUCAAGAACUACCAGCUAUCCGCCCCCCAGAUGCACCUCAUCAACCAGCUUUGCCAGGCACUCAAGAAAUGUCUGACAUGUCAGCAGUGCAGGACCCUGCUUUAGUGGGCCUUAGCCCUUCUGAGCUGGAGAAGCACAGACAGCGGCAGAGACUGAGGGAAUUCUUAAUCAGACAACAAAUGCAGAGAAAUUCCAUUAGACAAGAGAAGGAGGCUGCUGCUGCUGCUGGAAGUGCAUCCCCUGGCUGGUCCGCAGGAGAGGUGGGAGCCUUUCAACCAGACAAGGGCCACAGAGCGCCACCGCCAUAUCCACAGGAUCGUGUUGCUGCUGCUACUGCUGCUGGAGCUCCGGCUUCUGUGGCAGGGAAGAUCCCCAUGGCAGUAGGAGGCAUGGAGGACAAGCUCAUUCGCCCACCACCUCCAGGAACCCCUUCUAUAAUGGAUCCUAAUGCACUAAGGCCGCAAGGGCCCACCAGACCUCAGGGCAUGUUUUCCCGUCCACCAUUCCCUCCUCAGUGGCAGGGCCAGGCUCCAGGUCCAAGGAGGUUCCCCCAGCCUGGCAUGGAAGCUUUGGGCAUAAGGCACAAUCUCAACCCUGCUGUCAACGUCCAGGGUAUGGAAGGCAUGGGCAACCAGCACACUAUGAUGCCAGGACAUGGAGGAGAGACCAUGCAACCUAUGGGUCAGGGACCCCCACCGCAAUUUAUUGAAUUGAGACACAACUCACAGAGGCUACCCCUACGAGCCCAGUUUAUUCCGCGUGGACCUCAGCCUAGACCACGGCUAUUUGUUCCACAACAAGGAGUGGCGUCACCAUUUGUUGAGCAACAUCCUGUAGCUCAAUCUGGUGCCAUGCAAACAGAGGGGGGGAAUGAAUCACAGCUGGCGUUACAGCAUGGUGGUGUGCCAGUUUUAAUGUCUCAGCAAUCUACAGGCCCAGUAACACAACAGCCUCACCUGCAGCCCCAUGCAGCGACUUCCACUCCAAACAUUGCUAGCACUCAGCAGCAUCAGCUUCCACAGCGAAGUGUUGUCACAGGGCCCCAGUCUGCCACGGUAGAAAGCAGUGAGGAACUGCCAGAACCUGACCUCGAGGGGCUUGGGGAUGCCCCAGGGGAUGGAGGUGUGGAGGAUGAGGAUGAUUUGGCUUUAGACUUGGAUCCUGACAAAGGAGAUGAUGACUUGGGCAACUUGGACAACCUUGAAACCAACGAUCCACAUCUCGACGACUUGCUCAACAGUGAUGAGUUUGACCUGCUGGCAUACACCGACCCUGAGCUGGACCAAGGAGACCCUAAAGAUGUCUUCUCAGACCAGCUGCGGUUGAUGGAGGCAGAAAGCGAAGCACCUUCAUCUUCCUCUGCAUCUGUUUCUAUUAAAGUGGAAGAGAAAGCCAAGGUGGAUCCAGGGCAGGAGUCUCGCACAACAGCCCCUGCCACAGUUCGGGGUUCUUCUACCCAAAUGCCACCCUCUGCUGAAACUGCUGAUAUCUCCAAGGUCAAAUUAGAGGACAGAGGUCUGACCCCUCAGUUGCAGCCUGGACGGACUGUGGUGAAAGAUGAAAUAGGAGAAGCUGUAUCAAUGCUUCUUGGUGGUACCACACCCUCAGCCAAGCCUGCACAACCAGAAAACCAGUCGGCUUCACUAAGUUCUGUUCGACUGGGGGGCCUUCAGUACCCUCUGCCAGGCCAAAGUGAUCCAUUACCUUUUCCUCCAGCUGCUCCACAUUCAGAUAUUGGAGAUGAUCCACUGGAGCUGCCUGAUGUUGGGGGACAACACUCCCCUGCUGUAGAUCUGGCAAAGGUAGAAAGCUCCUUAGAUGGUGAACUGCCUCUUCUAAUACAGGAUCUGUUGGAGCAUGAGAAGAAAGAACAGCAGAAGCAGCAACAGCAGCAACAGCUCAGUUCACUCCACCAAGGAGGCAUGGCUCCUCAUUUUCCUGGCCUCUCAAAUCAACAGCCAAGCCCACAGGCACCUGGGCAAAUAAUGCUGCCACACCACCAUCGUCCACCGCCCCAAGGAAUGAUGGCCCAGCCCGGAAUGGUGCCCCGUGCUCCACACAUGUUGCAACAGCAACAGCAGCAAAGGCUUAUAGGAACUGGAAUGGCACCUCCACCUCACAUGGCCAUGGCCCAGCAACAAGCUAUGAUAAGAAUGGGGCAGCCAGGGAUCCAUACAGGUCUCAGUCAUCCACAGCAGCCACAGCAACCAGUGGUUAAACAGUCACCUCUGGCAAACAAUUUCUUCCCAGAUAAAGAUUUGGACAAAUUUGCAACUGAUGACAUCAUGGAUCCCAUUGCCAAGGCAAAGAUGGUGGCACUAAAGGGUAUCAAGAGAGUACUGGCACAAGAUCCGAUGGUUGUUCCCUCUGGCAUUAACAGGCAACAGGUUUCUCUGCUUGCUCAGCGGCUCGCCUCUGCCCCAGGCACAGAUCAGGGUCAACUUGCAUCUGGACCUCCAAAGGAGGGAGAAACAAGUGAUCCCCCCCAGUCAAGACCUAACCCUCCCCAGUUUGUGCAAGGAAUCAUCAACGAUGCCGAACAGCACCAAUAUGAAGAAUGGCUUCUUCACACCCAGCAGUUACUCCAAAUGCAAUUGAAAUUUUUGGAGGAACAGAUUGGAGUUCAUCGCAAGUCACGGAAGGCACUAUGUGCUAAGCAACGCACAGCUAAGAAGGCAGGCAGGGAGUUUGCAGAGGCAGAUGCAGAGAAACUGAAGUUGGUUACAGAAGAGCAGAGCAAAAUUCAGAAACAACUUGACCAGGUGCGCAAGCAGCAGAAGGAGCACACCAAUCUAAUUGCAGAAUACAGAAGCAAGCAGCAGCAACAUCAGCAAAGCUCUGGCCUUCUUGCCCCAGGCCAUUCUACCCAGGGAGGGGGCCCUCACAUGUUUCAGAAGAUGCCUGGCCAGAUGGUAAUGGGCCAGCAGGGAACACCAGUGAUGGGCCAGCACCCAGGAAUUAUGCCCCAAGGUGGAAUGCCUGUCAGGAUGCCCCAAGGGCAGGCUUUUAUCAGUGGAGCCCAACCCCAGCUUCCUGCAACUCUUGGAGUUGGUGGUGCAAGGGCCCCAGGACCUCCUGGGGCUCCAGCAGGAUUUUUCCCACAGGGACCUGGAAUGCAAGGUGCAGACCCUCGGCUUCUUCAUGAAAGACAGCUUCAACAUAGGAUGCAAUUAGCAAAACUGCAGCAACAACAGCAGCAACAGCAGCAGGUGAUGAUGGGUCAGCAACCAAUGCCACACCCAAAUCAGCAGUCUGGCUUAAUUGCUCAGCCACAGUCUGGUAUGAUGGGGAACCCGAUUAUGGCUCAACAACAAGCAAACACUCAACAGGGAAUGCUAGGCAACCAGGCCAAUCAGCAGGGAAUAGUGCAGGUUCCACAAGGAAUGGUUGGAGGCCAGUCUGUGGCCCCACUGCCACAGAACAUUGCAGGAGGUCAGCCUGUCAACCAUGGUCAAGCCAUGAUGGGAGCUCAACCAGGAAUGAUGGGGAACCAGCCAGUUGCAAUGUCACAGCAACAGAGGCCUCAAAUGAUGAUGGGUCAGCAAGGAAUGGUUGGAUCUCCAGGUCAUCCUGGACUCAGAGGUCCCCAUGUCCAAUUAACUCCACAACAACAGAACAUUCUGGCCCAACGCAUGCUUGCAUCUCAGCAGCAACAGCAACAACAACAGCAGCAGCAGAAUGUUGCAAAGAAUUUGGUCCACCUUCAGCAGCAGCAGAUGACACAGCAAAGACAACCGACACAGUUGAUGACUCAAUCCAGCCAAGAACAAGGAGGGCUCUCCCAGCCCUCUACCCCACAAAUGGGCUCCUCGCCUUCAGCAGGAAGCAGCACACCCCAGCCGCAAGGAGCUACAGAUGGCCAAAACUCGGGCGCCAAAGAGGGUGGGAUCCUUAGCCCUGUUUCAAGAACACCACCACAGCAGAGUGGACCCUCCACUCCCAAUCAGGUCACCCAACUAAGCUCUGCAAAUGAUCAUCAAACUGACUUGGGGCGGCAGCAGUUACAACAGCAGCAGCAUCAAAACCAGGUUUACAUGGCACAGCAGCAACAGUCAAAUUCUCAGCCUGUUCCUGAGCAACAAACAGGUUUGAUCGGACACCAACAGUCUGGUGUGCUUCAGCAACAACAACAACAACUUUCACUAACCCUUCAAAGGCAAGGUCCCCUCGGUGUUGACAAAACCGUGUUGUUGACUCCUAAAGAGGAGGGGAAACCAGGGGAUUUCUUAGCUCAUCAGCAACAGCACCAAACUGUUCAAAAUCCCUUGCAGCAGUCACAAGAUCCCAGCAUUCAGCAACAGAUCACAGUCCAGAACCAUCCUGGCCAGCAACAGCCUGGUGUGAUGGGCCAUAAUCCACAACAGCAAGCUCUCAUGGCCCAACAGCAAAAACAACAAGCCAUGAUGGGCAUGAUAAGAGCCCAGCAGCAAGGGAUGAUGGCACAGAGGCCUGGGCUUCCACCUGGACAGAUCCGCACUCCUAUCAACAUCCAGGCUAUUAUUGCUCAGAAUCCUCAGCUCCGCAAUCUUCCCCCAAACCAGCAGAUACAGCACAUCCAGGCCAUGAUUGCCCAGAGGCAACUCCAGCAGGGACAGAUGCUGCGCAUGUCAAUGGGUCAAGGCCAGCAUGGUCAGUUAAGGCCUCACAUGCCACCAGGACAGGUACCACAGGUUGGGCAGCAGAUGCCAGGAAUGGAAGGCCAACAGAUGCCAUAUGGGGCCGUGGGGAAGCCAGGAGCAGUGGGUACUCAGCAGCAAUCAGGAAUUAUGAGCCAACAACCUGGUGUUGCUCCUCAAAUGCAGCAGGGGACAAUGGUCCCUGGGCAACAACAACCACAAGUAGGGGAGAUGAUGCAUCAUAUGAGAGGUCAGGCCCCAGUUCCACCUUCCCCCAUUGACCAUAGCCGUAUGAUAAGGCCGGCAUCUCCACGUCAGCCAAUCGCCAACUCUCCUGGAGAUCCACAGCGACAAACAUUUAAUCAGGCUAUGGGGAUGCGUCCACCCACUCCCAACCAGAACCAACAAGCACUAAUGGUUGCUGCAGCCGGCCGAAUGCAGGGCUCUCCAUCACAUGCAUAUUCUCCAAGAGGUCCCUUCGGAAUGAGCCCAGCCCAUCCUGCCUCACCGCACUCAUCCCAUGUCUCCUCACCAUCUAUAGCUGACAGGGCUGGAAGAGGGAGUCCAUACAGCCAAGUAAGGGCAUCUCCACUCAGGUCACCAGGAGCCAAGAGUCCACUUGAUUCUCCAGGAUUGAAAUUAGAAACUCAGACAUCAGGCCAUGAGACAUCUCACACAGCCUCCGUUAUCUCCAAUGGUCCGCAGAGAGACAUGAAUGUUCUGCAACAGUCGCAGCAAGUCACAGACAGCAAUGUUCCUCAUGCACUACAUGGCUCAAGAGGAGGGGAUCUAUGCAAGAUGACCCUACAGAACAUCAAACAAGAGCCACGAGAGGUUCAGUGUGAUGGUGUGGCAGAGGCCCAUCCUGGAGCUAUAAAGCGAGAAGCAACAGGAGAGGCGGUUACAUCUGGGAGCAACACCAGCUUAAUUAAUGCUGGAAACAUGGCUGGAGACCCUGGGACUCAGGGUCCUAGAUCUGAGACUGGUCAACAACUACUACAAAAACUCCUGAGAACUAAGAACCUCCAGCUUGGGGCUCAGAGGCCUUCUGAAGGCAUCCACAAUGAGAUCAAUGGCCACAUUAACACAAAACUAGCAAUGUUGGAGCAAAAACUUCAAGGAACACCGCGAAAUAUGGAGGAUUUACAGUCUAUAACAAAAAGGGCUCCUGUACAAAAACCAAAGCGCACUAAUAAGGCGGCUGGAGACCGAGGGCCGAACGCACGGAAAAAGACUAAGAAGGAAGAAGUCGGAAAAAGUGCUGAAGCACUGAUAAAACAACUCAAACAGGGUCUUUCUCUGCUGCCCCUGAUGGAGCCAUCAAUCACUGCCAGUCUGGAUCUUUUUGCACCUUUUGGAAGCAGUCCAGCCAAUGGCAAGGCCCAGCUCAAAGGAUCCUUUGGAAAUGCAGUGUUGGACAACAUCCCAGAUUAUUAUUCUCAGUUACUGACUAAGAGUAACCUCAGCAACCCACCAACACCACCUUCCUCGCUUCCACCUACUCCUCCGCCUUCGGUACAGCACAAGCUGCUGAAUGGAGUGACUCCUGGGGAGGAACUGUCUGAGGGUCAGAAAGACACAGAGCCAGCAGAGGAGCCAAUGGAUUCUGUUACAGAGGAGGUGAAGAGUGUUGACAUUCUAGCAGCUCUUCCCACCCCACCUCAUAACCAGAACGAGGACAUCAGGAUGGAGAGUGAUGAUGAGGAUGCCCCAGAAAGCAUCAUCCCGGCAUCAUCCCCUGAGAGUAAUGUAGGAGAUGAAACACCACGUUUCCCUCACCUACGGGAGCCUAAAGAGGAGGAGACUGAGAGAGCAAUAUCUCCCAUCAUCCCCCUUAUACCUCGCACUGCCAUCCCAGCAUUCCCAGAAAACAAACCCCUUGAAGCAGCUGAUAGCAAGGUUGUUUCUACAUCCAACCAUUGGGACAAGGCCAAAAGCAACGAGGUGUCCGUUACCUUCACUCUGUCCUCUGCUGCAGCUAAGAAACUGAAUCACGUGAUGAUGGCAAUGGCCCAGCUGCUGAACAUCAGGAUGCCAGGUUCUUAUGAGGUGACAUUCCCUCCCAUAAACCCAGACAUGCCUCCAGUUGAUGUGCCUGGGAAAGGACCCGGCCAGUCAGGGGCUCUGUGUACAAAAGACAGUGCUUCACCCAGUCAGGAUGAGUGGCUCAGGCAAUUUGAUGUAUCUCUACCAGGCUGUACAUUGAAGAAACAAGUGGACAUUCUGGCACUUAUUAAACAGGAAUUCCCAGAUAAGGAUGACAAACCUGCCCAGCACUGUUACACAACCAAUGUUAGUGACUUGGAUGUGCGCCAUCUUCCUGCUAUACCAGUGGAGGAAUCUCCACCUCCGUCACCGUCCCCUCCACAACCUCCACCUGCUGCUCCAGGGUCAUUGACAGAAGCUGAACCUUUGCAAAAGUCUGCUCCUCCCUCUCCAUCUCCUACCAGUCCUACCAUUGUCCAGAUCAAGACUGAGCCUAUAGAGGAUCUUGCUCCGCCUACUGAUGCUGCUCCACCAACUGGUGUCUCAGAGGCUGAAGCUGCUGCCCCAGAGCCAGUCACCGAACCAGAAAAUGCCGAUGCUGUCCCAGAUCCUGCUACUCCUCCUCCCCCUGCUCCUACUGAAGAUCAUCUGAGUCCUGCUGCCAAGGAGGAGGACUCAACCACUGAUGUAGCUCAGCCUCUACCUGAAGAUUCUCCCAGCAAUGUGGAGUCCUCCCCUAAGGCUAUCAAGCAGCGCCGGCCUCUCUCCCCUGAUGAGGAGGUGGUGCAUCCCAAAGUGAAAAAAUGGAAGGGGAUUCGCUGGAAGCGUCUUCAAAUUGUCAUCACAAUACGCAAGGGAGGUUCAAAGAAGGAGAGCAGUCGUGAGGUGUCUGAGCUUAUGGAACGCCUGCGCAUUACACUUCGACCAGAAAGGCUGCCUCGGGACAAACGUAAAUGCUGCUUCUGCCAUGAGGAAGGUGAUGGAGCCACAGAUGGGCCUGCCCGGUUGCUCAACAUCGAUGUGGACCUGUGGGUGCACCUGAACUGUGCCUUGUGGUCUACAGAGGUUUAUGAGACACAGGGAGGUGCCCUUAUCAAUGUGGAGGUAGCCCUACGCCGGGGCUUGCGGACUCUUUGUGCAUACUGCCAGAAAACAGGCGCCACCAACAGCUGCAACAGACUGCGUUGCCCAAAUGUCUACCACUUUGCCUGCGCCAUCCGAGCUCGCUGCAUGUUCUUUAAGGACAAGACCAUGCUGUGCACGCAGCAUAAGCUUAAGGGCCCCAGUGAAGAUGAACUCAGCGCAUUUGCUGUGUUAAGGCGCGUCUACAUCGAGCGUGAUGAGGUGAAGCAGAUUGCCAGCAUCUUACAGCGAGGUGACCGUAUCCACCUGUUCCGUGUUGGCGGCCUCAUCUUUCACGCUGUUGGCCAGUUGUUACCUUCCCAGAUGGCAAACUUCCACUCAUCCACUGCCAUCUUCCCUGUUGGCUAUGAGGCCACACGCAUCUACUGGAGUACGCGACUGCCCAACAAGCGCUGCCGCUACCGCUGCCGCAUCAGUGAGGAUGAAAGUCGCCCUGUGUUUGAGGUGCGAGUUCUGGAACAUGGCAUGGAAGAUUUGCAGUUUCGUGACACCACUCCAGAGGGGAUCUGGGACCGGAUUGUUCAGAAGGUGGCUCAACUUAGGGAGGAAUCAUCCAUGUUGAAGCUGUUCACCGAACAUGUCAAGGGAGAGGAAAUGUAUGGCCUCACAAUUCAUGCUGUCAUGCGCAUUACGGAGUCGCUUCCUGGAGUGGAGAACUGCCAGAACUACCAGUUCCGAUAUGGCCGUCACCCUCUGAUGGAGCUCCCUCUGAUGAUCAACCCCACUGGCUCUGCCCGCUCUGAGCCCAAGGUCUCCACGCAAUGCAAGAGGCCUCACACUCUAAAUAGCACCAGCGUGUCAAAGGCCUACCAGAGUACCUUCACUGGAGAGCUCAAUACACCAUACAGCAAGCAGUUUGUCCACUCCAAGUCGUCCCAGUAUCGGCGCCUGAAGACAGAGUGGAAGAACAAUGUGUAUCUGGCACGAUCUCGCAUCCAGGGCCUGGGUCUGUACGCUGCGAAGGAUCUGGAGAAGCACACCAUGGUCAUUGAGUACAUCGGAACCGUCAUACGCAAUGAGGUGGCCAAUCGACGUGAGAAGAUCUAUGAGUCCCAGAACCGUGGGAUCUACAUGUUCCGCAUCAACAAUGAGCAAGUGAUUGAUGCCACUCUGACCGGUGGCCCAGCUCGCUAUGUCAACCACUCCUGUGCCCCAAACUGUGUUGCAGAGGUCGUAACAUUUGACAAAGAAGACAAGAUUAUCAUCAUUUCCAGCCGCAGGAUCCCCAAGGGAGAGGAGCUGACCUACGACUACCAGUUUGAUUUCGAGGACGAUCAGAACAAGAUCCCUUGCCAUUGUGGAGCUUGGAAUUGCCGAAAGUGGAUGAACUAACCCGGAAGAACGAAAAACAAAUGGAGAAUUCCCUUGCUGGUGCCAGAACACUCCUGCGCCAAAGCCUUUGAAUCCGACAUAGCCAGUGCAUAAGCUGUUCUGAAAGACUUGGAGGAAGGCAGGCCUCCGUCACUGAAAGACUAAAAGCGUUGACACCUGUAGCCAAAGGUUUGAAGAGCAUUAAUAAAUAAAAGCAACCGACCACCUCCGUCAACAGCAGCUUGAUGGUGGGACUAACUUCUCAUGUGAAUCACCUUUUCCUCAGCCAAAACCCUUUCCCCCUCCUUGACUGUUCUCAAUAAGCUUACAGUGGCUGGAAAACAAUCCUCAAACAUCUUACCAAAUGAUUCUGACCCUCUGAUAUAUCAAUACUCGUAGUGCAGAGCUCACCUGGAGCUUCGACAAAAAGCCAUUUUUAAAAUACUAAGAAUGAACUAAUGAUGCAUUUUUAUGUUCUAAGUCGGACCUAUUUCCUCUCCCGCCUGACCACACCUCCCUCUCACCUCCAGGAAAAAGGCACUUUCCCAUCAAGUCAUCAAUGAAGACAAAACGGAUAUUUGGCUCGCUAGACAAUCUUGAUGUGGCUCUGUGUAAGAACUACAUAUGAUCGAUGGAGAAAAAAAAGAAAAAAAAAAAAAGAUGUAAGUUAAUAUAAAAAUCUGAGAUGCUAUUGAUCUGUGGCUCCAGAGGCACCAGAUGUUGUGGAGUCCCAAGGUGGGUUAGUUGGACCCAGUCUACCUCAUUGAUUUAGUGGAAAGUGACUGCUUUGUAUAAAAAGAAAAAAGAAAAAACUGCUACUGUGGAACGGGGGUGGGGAAAGGGGGGAAUGUUUUUAUGGGCUUAGCCUUCUCGGACAAGCAGGGAAUCUUAAGCAGCAGGUUUGCUCUAUCUACUCUAUGCUGAUGAUGAUUUACAAUAAUGAGCCAACAUAAUUAUUAUUCAUGAAUUGUUUAUACAGAGGAAAUAUAUGACAGUUUUGAUAAGAUAUUGCAUUAAAAUCACAAUCAAGAAGCUUAGCGGGUGUCGCGUACGCCACCAAAUCAUCCUGGAUAUCGAUGUAGCUUUUUCUUUUGUUCUUUUUUUUUUUUAAUUUAUGCGUUAUCAAAGGCGUGUUAUGAUUAGCUGUGUGAAAGCACAAUAACAUCCAGCUUUUUUCUUUUUUUUUUUUUUAACGUUGCUCAAAGAUGGCGUGAGUAAACGGCUCUAGGAUCAUGACAGGACGCUUUAGUCUUGGAAGAAGACUACGAUGUCCAGAUUUAACCAAGUAUACAUUUUGCUUGCUGCUUCAUACAUUGAAGUUCCACUCGUUGCAAACCAGCUGGUGGAUGCAUGACUACUGUUCUAUGAAAUGCUUUUUAUUCCCCCGGACAACUCGGAUCUUUUCACAACUCAACCUUAAACUUUGAAUCAUGCCUCUUCCUCUCUGUAUGAUUUUAGUGGACUGUUGUUAAACUUUACUGUAGUAAGUCUUCCUCUGCCUGAGUACAGCCUGCAGUGUUUCUACUCCUCCCUCCCUCACCUCCCCUGUAGUGUGCUUUUUCUAGUGCUGGUACUGUCCUCUCGAGGCUGAACUGAUGGCAGGGAAAGACUUAUUGGAUAAAAGGGCAUUUGUUUUCAUUUCUAUGUAAGAUGAAUGAAAAAGUCUUUAAAGGGAGCUUUACUAAAACUCCACCCUCUCAUACUACUUUGUUUUCCUCCUUCCCCCUAACCUAAGACCUCACAUGAUUUUAAAAAUGCAAAGUUGUACAAACUGUAUAUAUAGUAUAUGCAUUAGGGGACAGCAACUCUUUAUCCAGCCCCUUUGUAAUCAAUAAAGUCAAAAAGUGUAGAGAAAUAAAAUUGAGAAAAAAAAAUCAACCACUGGAUAUCAUUUUAACAAAGAUAAAGCUGUAUAUAAAUAUAAAUAUAUGUAAAAUGGCAAACUAAUAUCUUUAUGUAUAUGAACCAGAGUGUUUUGCAUUUACCUGUUUUUCUAUUAGUGUUUUUUGCUAUAAGCUCUCAGAGACAAGUUUGUUAAAAAAAAAUAGGUGUGAGAAAAACGUCCGGUCUUCUCCAAUCAAUGGCGACGGGAAGCCGGUACGAUACGAAAAACCGCUCGGAGGGGUCGUUAAUUAGACGUGAAAAUCACUUCUUGCGUAAAGCAGUACAAUGGUGCAUAGCAUUUGUAUUUAUGUAAUAUUGUUCGUGUUUAUUUUUCUUUUUAUUUAUGCUACUGCUUGUUGAUUACCAAAACCUGUCCCUUAAUCGGUCACAAUUGGAUUAAUAUACUCUUGAAUGGAAAAUCUUGAACUCCCUAGACUAUUGUUAGUGUUUUUUGCUUUUUUAAUAUCUUCCCUAUAGAAGUGAAUGUGUUGGUAAACCUUGUGAAAUGGUUACUUGGCCUAAUGUAUGUUAUGAUGUAAUACUCAAAGUUAAUCCCAUACUUAACCUGGUAAUGAAUUGCACUCUCAUAGUAUAACAGAGAUCUUCUCUAAAAGUGGUAGAUAUUGAUCAAGUAUCCGAAGCAGUGAUAUAUAUAUUUUUUGGUAUGUUUCUAUUUCAAGGGAAGACCAUGACGAGACAUUAUGCCGCUCACUGGAUUUUAGCCUGAAUAAUUUUUAACUUCUUCUCUGAAUAAUUUAAGUUCUCUGCAUAUCUUAUAAUUUAAUAAAGUUUUGCUCAAAAUUGAAGGUUUUUUUUAACCUCACCUACUUUUUAAAAAGAUGUUGCAUCUGUACAGCAGAGAUACUUUUAGGGAAUAUGAAUAAAUAUAAUGAUCAUUUUUAUUGUAUGUGGCAUGUUUUGUAUGGAUAUUAUUUUGAAUUGUACAUAUUUUUUUCAGGACGCCAGAGGUUGCAUCUCUUUAUAUACAGUUUUCCCGCUCCCUUUCCCCUUCAUCUUAUUUCUUUGUCUGCUUUUGUUUCUUGUAAAGGAAAAUAAAAUGCAUUUUAAAUAUG